GUUCUAUGAAGAAGAAGAAGCGCACGUGGAUUGUCGUGGAUGUGGAUACUCGUUGCAUGUUAUGGUUACGAAAAACCGAAAAAAUUAUUUCUGAAAUCCAGAAAUAUAAAUAAACGAAAAUAUAGAGAGAAAAUAAUUUUGACAGAUAAUUUUACUUCAACAUAAUAAGUGUGAAUUAUUGUUGUUGAUGUGCAGUAAGAUUAUUUGAGAAGUUAUGUCUUUCCGAGGACGCGGUGGCGGCGGAGGAGGUUUUCGAGGAGGCUUCAGAGGAGGCCGAGGAGGUGGUGGAGGAUUUAAUAGAGGACGUGGUGGUGGUUUCGAUAGAGGCAGAAGGUAUGAUCAAGGACCUCCAGAAACAGUGACUCCACUAGGACGUUAUGAAUGGCCCGUAGAAGAUAUGAUAAUUGUUAAAGGAGAAAUUGAACAAAUUCCAUAUUUUCAUGCACCAAUCUAUUUGUCAAAUAAACAACAGAUUGGAAAAAUAGAUGAAAUAUUUGGAAAUAUUCGUAAUUAUUAUGUAUCUGUCCAAUUAGAAAAUGCAAAGCCUUCCAGUUUUGAAAAAGAUACUCAGUUGUACAUUGAUCCAGCAAAAUUAUUACCUCUCCAAAAAUUUUUGCCGAAACCUCCUGGAGAAAAACAGAAAGGUGGUCCUGGCAGAGUUAUGAAAAGGGGUGCUGGAGGAAGAGGUGGUGGUUUCGGUAGAGGUAGAGGUGGAGGUGGCAGAGGAGGAGGCUUUGGUAACAGAGGUGCCAAUGGUGGAAGAUUUAGAGGAGGAGGCGGUGGUGGUGGAGGAGGAUUCAACCGUAAUAGCUUAGGUGGAGGUCGUGGAGGAGGAGGAGGAGGACGAGGAAGAUGGUAGGAUUUAAUUAAUUUUAUAAAAAGAACACCUUUUGUAAAAUAAAUACCAAACAUUAAAAUGCUACUGUAACUGUAAUGUAUAUUAUAAGAAUAAAUGUUCUAAUUAUGCUACAGGAUUAUA